CGUACGUACUUCCAUGCCGUUUAUAACGCCACCAUUACCAGUAUCAUCAACCUAUAGCAACAAAAAAUAAGCAAAACUCUACUAUAUUUUAUUUAGUUUUACAAAAUCCUCAGAAAUAACGGCUCCACCAAUCCCAAAGUUGAUACUAUAGAAGAAAAGAGGGUAUACAGUGAUGUACACAGGACUGCAGCUGACGAGUAUGCAAAGAAGGUCCGUGUACUGUGUUGGGUGAUGACUUGUCCCAAAUACCACAAGACCAGGGCGGCAGCAGUUAAAGCAACUUGGGGCAAAAGGUGUAAUAAACUACUUUUUAUAAGCACUGAAGCAGAUGAUACACUUCCGACGGUGAAACUCCCAAUCAUUGAAAAUAAAUCGUACCUUUGGGGCAAGACUAAAAUGGCUUUUCUACAUGUUUUUAAAUACUAUGCAGAGGAAUACGACUGGUUUUUAAAAGCUGACGAUGACACGUACGUUAUUGUUGAAAACCUUCAGUUGAUGCUGUCACACUACAAUACAACAAAACUUCUUUACUUCGGACAUCGAUACAACAAAUAUGUUAAACAGGGGUACAUGGCAGGGGGACCUGGAUAUGUCAUAAGUAGGGGUGCUCUUAAAAAGUUUGGAUCUGAACAAGAAUCUAAGUGUAAACGGUGCAAUUACAGCCAAGAGGACUGUGAAAUGGGGAUAUGUCUAGCUGCUUUAGGAGUUAAGGCUAUGGACUCCCGAGACUUUUAUCAAAGGGAGAGAUUUAUGGUAAUGGGUCCGUCGGAGCAUAUGUUCCCGUCAUCUAAACACUGGUGGUAUACAGACUACGUUUACUACCAACCUCGCAGUGGGUUUGAUUGCUGUUCAGACUACGCAAUUUCAUUUCACUAUGUCACUCCUGAAGCUAUGUAUACACUUGAUUAUUUAUUUUAUCAUUUAACACCUUAUGGCAUAGAUUUUAACCGUUAAAUAUAC